AAGUACGUCGAUUUCUUAUUCAAAUAUAUUUUAUUUGAAGAACAGUUAAAUAUUUCUAACAUCAGCAGCAAAAAAUGCUGACCAAAUUUCUUGUAAUCUUAACUGUUAACAUAAUAUCUGUUUACACCGCCAACACAGGUUGGUACAAAAACAGUGUAUUCUACCACGUCUACGUCAGAUCCUUCAAAGACAGCGACAACGACGGAAUUGGAGACCUGAAGGGUGUCAUCGAGAAGAUGGACUACCUCAGUGAUCUAGGAGUCACGGUGGUGUGGCUGUCGCCCAUUUUUAAGUCGCCUCAGAUCGACCAUGGUUACGACAUUAGUGACCAUUACUCCAUAGAUCCCAUUUAUGGUGAUAUGAGCGAUUUGAUCGAGCUCCUUAGAAAGGCUGAGCAAUUUGGAAUCAAGAUCCUCUUAGAUUUAAUACCGAACCACACGAGCGAUCAACAUUAUUGGUUCAAAAAGUCUGUUAACUGUGAACCUGGGUAUGAAGAUUAUUACGUGUGGGCAGAUCCUAAGUUUGAUGCGAAUGGUAACCGAAAACCACCAACUAAUUGGAUCGCUAUUUUUUCAAACUCCACAUGGACGUGGAAUGAGAAGAGGCAACAAUAUUACCUGCACUAUUUCUACCCUUCCCAACCAGACCUGAAUCUACGUAAUAAAGAUGUCGUCGAAGAGUUACAGAAAAUAUCGACUUUUUACUUGGACCUUGGCGCUGCUGGCUUCAGAAUCGAUGCUGUGUCGUACCUGAUUGAAAAUAAAGACUUACUAGAUGAUCCUUUCCGAUCCGACAUAGAACAUCCUGAUCCAAAAAAUCGCCUCCACUACAAUCCCAUUUACACCCAGGACACCAAUGAAAGCUACGAAUUCAUUUACGAAAUUAGAUCCUUCAUUGACAAGUACAACCAAAACUUUGAUGGGGACGAAAAGAUUAUUCUCACAGAAGUCUACACUGCUUUCAACAAAACCAAACUGUAUUGCGAAAAUCACGAUGGGACGAAAUUAGGGGCCCAUUUCACAUUCAACUUUGACUUUACGUAUCUUCGUUUCAAUUCAACAGCGAACGACGUGAAGAAUAUAAUAGAUACAUGGACAUCGGGCUUAGAUAAGAAAUAUAUGAAUUGGGUACUGUCGAAUCACGACAAUCACAGAGUACCGACGAGAAUGGGAAACGUGGACGGUUACAACAUGUUGGUAACAUUUUUACCAGGCAUAUCCAUUACGUACUAUGCGGAAGAGAUCGGUCAAGAAAACGGUGAAGUGAACUGUGAAGAGGGUACAGAUCUCAAAGUAACCAGUUGUGCAACAUUUGAUCUAAUCGCUAGGGACUUUGAACGAACCCCUUUUCAAUGGGACGCCACUGUCAACGCUGGGUUCAACAGCGGAGCUAAACCGUGGUUGCCCAUCAGGAGAAAAUUCAGGACUACCAACCUAGCUUGCCAGAAUGUUCCAGGAUUGAGAAGCCAUUACAAUAUUUACAAAGAUAUGAUCAAACUGCGUAAACAUAUAAGUGAGUACGAUGAGGUGUUUGUAGAAGCCAAAAGCGCGAACAAAAAUGUGCUACACAUUGUUAGAAAAAAACUCAAGGGAAGGGAUACGUAUGUAUUCUUGUUUAAUAUGGAAAGAUCAAGGAAGAGGACUUUGAGGAUUGGCGACACGUUUUUUAAGUUAUUAGUCAGCAGUACCAAUUCUCAGUACACUAAUGGGCAAAUUUUUAGAAAUAGUUCAAUUACGCUGUUACCUCAGGAGAGCUUGGUUCUGAAGGAAAUAAUCCCAGAGUAUCCUUGCAGCAAAACAUUUGCUUCCAAUUUUUCUCAUUGUAAAUAAAUCACGACUUAAAUUUGA